UAUAUAUAUUUUAUAUAUAACAACGGCUACUUCAAUGAGCAACUGCGGCGGCGGAGAUGGUGGCGAGAGUGGAGGAGGAGGUGGUGGUGGGCCGUGUGGCGCGUGCAAAUUCCUUAGAAGGAAAUGUGUGAGAGGUUGCGUGUUCGCGCCGUAUUUCGACUCGGAGCAGGGAACCGCCCACUUCGCGGCGGUGCACAGGGUGUUCGGAGCGAGCAACGCCUCCAAGCUGCUGCUGAGGAUUCCGCCGCACCGCCGCCUUGACGCCGUGAUCACGCUCUGCUACGAGGCACUGGCUAGGGUUAGGGACCCCGUCUACGGCUGCGUUGGCCACAUCUUCACUCUUCAACAACAGAUUGUUAAUCUCCAGGCUGAAUUAGCGUACACUCAGGCGCGUAUAUCAACUUUCCGGCGUGGCCCUUGCUUGCCGCCCGUCCCUCAGCCGAUCGCACCUAGUCGACCCUCGUCCGAAUUUGCAUGCGAGAUGGCUGUUUUUGACGCCGAUGAAACAUCUGUUGAGAUGACAAGUUUUUGUAAUAAUAAUAAUAUAGUAGUUGAUGAAGAAGAAGUAGUUGUUCUAGAAGAUGGUGAACUCCAAUCUCUAGCUAUGGAAUAUGUUUCUAGAUACUUCCCCGGAGUUAGAUUCAGGCCUCCUACUUCACUUUGACGACUAUAAACAAAAUUAAAACAAAAAAAAAACAAUUUGUAAUCUAUGUACUUUGUUUUAUGGACUCUAUUAUUAUUA